AUGACAGAACCUAAUCUCAACGAGAUCCAUGACUUUCUUGUUUCACUCGCCUUCAAGGCUGGUGAGAUCAUCAACAAUGCUUUGCCGGACACAAGUGGCCCAGGCUCAAAGAAAAACAGUGCCGACCUCGUAACGCAAUAUGACCGUGCAGUUGAGAACAUGAUUUCUACCUCAUUGAAGGAAAAGUACCCCGAUUACGCCUUCCAUGGCGAAGAAACCUACGAUCCUGCGAGGCCCCUAACGGAUGCUCCGACAUUUAUCGUGGACCCGAUUGACGGUACAGUCAAUUUUGUCCACGGCUUUCCCUGCGCCUGUGUUUCCCUGGGCUUUGCAGUGAACAGAAUACCCACCGUCGGCGUUGUCUACAAUCCCUCAACGAAGGCUCUCUACUCCGCCAUCAAAGGACAAGGCGCAUUCCUGAACCAUGAGACUCGCCUACCUCUGAAGGGAGACCACGUGGAACCGUUGUCUGGACUGUCCAAUGCGCUCAUCAGUAUUGAAUGGGGAUCCGAUCGCAGAGGAUCCAACUGGGAGACCAAAGUUCGAACCUUUGAGAAGCUGGGCCAGGCAAAGGAAGAUGGCGGGGCGAUGGUUCGCUCAUUUCGGAGCAUGGGGUCCGCAGCGCUGAAUAUUUGUGCGGUUGCUGAAGGGACCCUGGAUCUAUAUUGGGAGGGCGGUUGCUGGGAAUGGGAUGUUUGUGCUGGAUGGGUAAUUCUUUCUGAAGCAGGGGGAAUUAUGGUUGAUGGAAAUCCGGGGGGUUGGGAGACGAGUCUGGAUGGGAGGAAAUAUCUUGCUGUCCGGGGGGCUCCAUCAGCAGGGCAGAAGGGGAUUGUGGAGGAGUUCUGGAGUUAUAUUCAGGGCACAUUAACCUACUGA